AUCACUACCUAAACUCUGCCAUUACCAAUUCCACAAAAAAACAACGGUUACAAAAUACAGACUGCGAAAAUGAAUAACAAGGCAACAUCCAUUCUUCUCCUCUCUCUCGUUCUCCUCCCUCUAUACGCGUCUGCGUCGCCGCGUGUCGGCGGAUGGCGUCCCCUCAGCGACGUUAAUGACCCUCACGUCGUAGAGAUCGGCAGAUUCUCGGUGUCCGAGUACAACAUGCAGAGUAAAUCGGGACUCAAGUUCGUGGCGGUUGUUAGCGGCGAGACUCAGGUAGUUGCUGGCAUGAAUUACCGGCUUAUUGUUGCGGUUAAUGAUGGCGUAAAGAUAGCCGGUGCUGGUGCCAGCAAGAACUACGAGGCUAUUGUAUGGGAGAGGGCGUGGUUGAAAUCGAUGAAUCUCACUUCUUUCAAGCCUGCCAUUUAAUUAAUGGCUGUUUCGUCUGAGUUCUUCCAUAUGUAAUGAUCUGAUAAAAACAGUAAAAAAGUUAAAUAAACAAAGAAGAAAUUAAUGUCGAUUUCUGUAUUACUAUCUGGUUUCAAGUUUCAUGUUGUUGGCUUGAUUUGAUUUCAUGAAGAAAUGGUUAUGUAAUUGAUUGAACAAGUGGUGACACAUCCGCUAAUUACGCCGGCUA